ACCAAACUACUUUCCCUCACCAACCCAACCCAAACUCAACCACAUCCAAAACCUCAACAUGAACUCCUUCCUCCUCCUAACCUCCCUCAUCCUCGCCUCAAGCGUCCAGGCCAGACCCGCCGGCAAUACUCCGGCGCCGCUGCCCUCCUCAAUGACACUUGACCCUGUCCCCGGAGCUCUCCCCGAAGAUCUCCCCAAAGUUCUCCCCGAACGCCGGCAAGUCGACCUAUGCACCAUGUUCCCAAUCGCCUGUCCCGGUACUAAAUAAUCAGUACUCCAUUUUAAUCGAGCAUGAUACGGGGUGUUCCAGUGUAUCAGUUGUUGAGUGUCGCGAAUCGUGGGGUUUGUGGAGGGGAAAGAAGGUGGAAAGCGGUGGUGGAAGCUGGUUGUCUGGGGUUCUUCUCCCUUCCCUAUAUUACUGAGGGGAGGGAGUUUGAUCUCGGUCGGACUUUUGGAGGAGUAGAGAAGAGUGGGUAGGAGAUUUUCAAUGUAUAUUCUUUUUUUGUUCGACUUGAGAGUGGUAAUAAAGGAGGGUGCAGCCUGCU